AUGGGCGGCCGCGGGUGCCUGCUGUCCGUGCUCUACAUCGGCAACUUGGCCAAGCUGAUCCCCGAGGAGAGAGUGCGGGAAAUGCUCGCCGAGGCGUGUCUGCCACCACCCCAACCGUCGACGACGUCCCUGGCGCCACCGGCGCAAGAGCCAGCGAAACAAGUACCGGUAUCUGUCAAGCUCCUCAACGACAAGAACCGGCCGGGCUUCAAUUACGCGUUCGCCGACUUUGGGUCGUUUGACGCCGCCCACCAGGCGCUCCAAACACUCGCCCAGGCGCUGGUGGAUAACAUCCCCUUGAAGGUGAACUGGGCCUACCACCUGCUGUCGCAGGACUGCACCGACGACCUGUUCAAUUUGUUUGUUGGCGACUUGAGUCCCGACGUCGACGACGACUUGUUGGCGAAGCUGUUUGCCGCCUACCCGCUGUUGAAGCUGGCCCACGUGAUGUGGGACAUGCAACUGGGGCGGCUGAGAGGCUACGGGUUUGUUGGUUUCACGUCAAGAGAAGAUGCUGAAACCGCCUUGGUACAAAUGAACGGCCAGUGGGUGUCGGGUCGAGCCCUCCGGUUGAAUUGGGCCGCGCGAAGUCACGAUAAACCCCACCAACAACAACAACAACAACAACAAAGUCAUCAGCAACAACAAGAACACCAAGGUCAUGGUCAUCAGCAGCAUCAGGUGGCGGUGCCGCUGCAGACGUAUCCUCCCCAGUUUUACCCGCAACUGUUCUAUCCGUCGACCACUGGAACCAACGGCAGAGCCCUCCAUAAUGACCACCAACGGACACAAAAUGGAUUCCAAAACAACCACUCCCAGAAUGGCUACCAGCAGAAUUACCACCAGCAGAGCUACCACAGCGAUACCAACACGCAUCGCGGUAACUCGCACUACCAGAACCAUAACAACCACCACACACCAGGUUACCAUAACCACACCCAAAACAAUGGCCACGCCACCCCGCAGAUCCACCCGCUGCUGUACGAGCUGGUAGUGAGACAGCUGGCCCAGUGGCAGACCACCGUCUACUUGGGGAACGUCCCCCACUAUACGCCCCCACACGAGUUUAUCCCGUUACUACAACAGUUUGGCUACAUUGUCGACUUCAAAUUCCACCCGGAAAAGGGGUGUGCCUUUGUCAAAUACGACUCCCACGAAACGGCGGCGUUGGCCAUCGUUCAGUUACAGGGUCUUGUGGUUCAUGGGUGGCCGCUUAAAUGUGGCUGGGGACGCAAACGGUGA